AUGAUUCCUGGCGUCCCCGACAUCCACCACAAAGAUGCCUUCAACAUCGUGGUCGCGGCCACCUUUUCCCUGGUGAGUUCCGAGAUCAUCGACAGUGAGGGCAAGAGGAUGACAUGGUGGGCUCUUGUCCACACAGACCGCGAGAAGCAUGACUCCCCCACGAGCUCCCCGAAGGCCUACCGCACUUUCUGGGAGUCCAAGGCGGACGUGCAAAAGCUUGCCCAUGACCUCGUAGCUGAGGGCGACACGCUGCCAAAAACAGCUUUGACCCCAGAGGAGGGCUUCCGCUAUGCCGGCUUCUUCCUGGACCGUGACCCAACCACCUUGAAGCAGUGGGGCAACGGCGAGAUGGGUGCCGUGUGCAUCGGCAACGCCGUGCAAGCAAUCCAGCCCUGGGCCGGCAUGGGUGCCUCCCUGGCAGCCGAGGACGCCUUCCUCCUGGCAAAGAUGAUCGCGAAGCAUGGCUGGGACAAGCUCCAGGAUGCCUUCGAUGAGUUCCAGGCUCUGCAGCUCCCCCGCGUCCAGUUCUACAGGCAGCUCACCUUGAACAACGCGCCCCAGGGCAUCAUCUCGGAGGAGCUCAUGGUCCCAGUAGAGACGGUGGUGGAGCAGUUCGGCGACCAGCGCUGCCUUGAGAAGUGCCCUGCGUGGAGUCAGUUCUGCGCGCACCUGCGCGUGAUGUCGGCCUAG